AUGAAAAAUCUUUGGAAAAAAAAAAAAGGCCUUGCGAUGAGCUUGGGAAUAGGAGAUGAGGCUGGUGUAUCGGCACUUUACAGGGGUCUAGAAGGGUCUAGCAGCGCGUGUGCAAGGAUGUCUGGCAUGGGAGAUCGUCCACAGGACCCGUCGAGUGCGCUCGAGCAAGCCACGCAGGAUGUGGCUAACCUAAAGUCAGAGUUUUCGCACAUUAUGGAAGAGAUGAGAAAUGCGGACUCGAAUCUGGUAGAGAUGAAGCGCAAGUACCUGGGGCAGGACUCGCAGUUGCAGAAGUUUGUGCGGCAGCAGGGGUCUGGGGUUGAGAAUGCGAAGGAGGGGGAGUUGUCGCGGAAGAUUUCGGAGGAGAUGGCGCGGUGUGAGGCGUUGCAAGAGCAGAAGUGUGUGCUGGCGAACACAGCGUUGUACUUGGUAGCGAAGCAUCUGCGGAAGAUCAGCAGCAACAUCGAGUCGCUCGAGGAGGAGGGGCUGCUUGCGCCGCUGGAGGAGGAGCUUCUGGAGGAGGAGGCAGCAGCUGCUGCUCCCACAGCUGUGGGAGCAGUGGCCUCGAGUUCUGGCUCUGGUUCCACGUCGAACAGAAACGGCAGGAAACGGCCUGCCUCGGGCAGCCAAACAGGCAGCCAAACAGGGCCAGGAGGAGCUGGAGGAUCUGGCCCUGGCCCUGGCGGGCCCAGGAAGCAGCGCGAGCCCAAGAAAGAGCGCUCGAGGUCGCACCAGCGCGGCGGAACCGCAUCGUCACGAGACGCAACACCGCAUUCCCAGCAGAGCAGCGGUCCGCUGGCAGACCCUACGCUCGACGGCCUCGGCUACAACGAGGAGCUGUUCAAGAUGAACCAGGGCGAGGAGGACGACAAACAGCUGUACUGUUUCUGCCAGAGCGUGUCGUAUGGUGAGAUGGUUGCGUGCGAUGGCCCGCAUUGCAAGUACGAAUGGUUCCACUACAGCUGUGUGAACUUGACGGAGCCUCCCAAGGGCCAGUGGUACUGUCCGGACUGUCGCCAGGAGAUGGCUGCCCAGAAGGUCAAGAAAAAGCGCAAGCAGUAG